UUGAGCGCAUGGAGGCUGCUCGCACCGCCUCACACCCUUGGGAUUGCCGCUCCUGCUGCUGCUCCUUCUGCUCCUGCUGCUUCCUUGUCCGCGUCAGCGUCACAUGCUGUGGCCUGCUCUUUCUUCCCCUGUGAUGCGGCUGCUGCACCCACCCCCACCACCAACACCACCACCGCUACCCUUGCCACUUCCACCACCAAUACCACCAUUGCCACCACUGCUGCCACCACUGCCACUGCCACCACUGCUGCCACCACUGCCACUGCCACCACUGCUGCCACCACCACCACCGCUGGCUCCUCUCUGCGUUGCCUGCAUCGCCACUUGUCCCUGCACCAUCAACAACCCCACCACUUAACUAAGCAUCUGCACCAACACCACUCUCACCAGCAGCGUUCCUUGCACUACCACCAUCGCAAACACCCUGCCCAGCCACAUGUGCUGCCACAUCAGCACCAGCAACGGCGGUCCAUGUUCAUUCAGACCCUUACCACUCCCAACCCUGCCUCACUCAUGUUCAACCCUGGCCGGCCCAUCCUCUCCUCCCCUCCUCCCCCCACCUCCUCGUCAUCGGAGGAUCAGCCGCCUUCUCCAUCAUCCAUCGAGUUUUCUUCUGCCCGAGCUGCCCUAGCGUCUCCACUUGCAAUUGCACUGUUCCGCAUUGAUGGUGUAGCUCGGGUGUUCCUGGGGGGUGACUUUGUGACUGUGACUAAAACGGAGGAGAGCUCCUGGGAUCUCCUCAAGCCAGAAAUUUUCGCUGCCCUGAUGGACUUUUUUGCUUCCGGGCAGCCGGUGCUGAACCCCCAGGCAGAGGCGGCAGCAGCUGGCGGGGAGCAACAACCGGCAGAGGAUGAGAGUGAGACUGUGCUGAUGAUAAGGGAGCUGCUGGAGACGCGCAUUCGACCGGCAGUGCAGGAGGACGGAGGGGACAUUGAGUUUGUUGACUUUGACGA